UGCCAAAGUUUUAACUGGGUUAUCUCUCUUCUCACGUGCGAGUUUAACAACCGGACUAAGGAAGCCAGUCCUGAGGACUUCAUUCCAAACCCAGACAGAUCUUACUAUCGACGUGAUUUAAAACGAGGUGAGCCUAGUGAGGGAGCAUAAAGUAUAACCUAUGCAAGGGUAAAAGUUAACUGAUAUAAUAAGGAACUGCUUCUGACCUUUCAGUUCCACUCGGCUCUAUUCAAGAACUACCAGCAGAGUCUUGUGAGGAAAUAAAGAGGAGUGAAGGGCACGCUGUCAGCGGGAAAUACUGGUUUUCCUCAGUAAAAUCUGGUACAUCCGUUCUGGCUUAUUGCAACAUGGAGACCAACGGUAGGUCAGGUCUUCAACUGACAAAAAGUUAGCCUGGACCAGGCUCGUCUCCCUUCGCACCCGAUUUUAUUAUUAUUAUCAUUAUUAUUAUUAUUAUGAAAAAAAUGCUAAUUAUGUAAAGCUGAGUCGAAAACAUCUUGACUUAAUAGUCUUAGUUUGUAAUUAUUAUUAUUAUUAUAAAAAUAAUAACCUUUUAUUGAUAGCAAAACUAACUAUUAAAACCUAUUUACAAUUAAUUUAAUUCGCUGAAGAUGAAAAAAUAUAUAUAUUCAGUCAAAGCACUAUUUACAAGUCAUUUCAUUUCAUAAGCUCCUGUUGAUUUCGGCGAUUAAAAAACAUUUAUUCAAAUUAGCUCAAAUUCUUUUAUUGAUAACAAAGAUAACUAUAAAAUCCUAUUUACAAUUAAUUUCACUUAAAAAAAACUAUUCAGCCAAAGCACUAUUUACAAUUCCUUUCGAUUAAAAAAAGACACUUAAUUUCGAAAUUCAUUCCAUUAAAAAUAUAUAUAUAUAUUGGAAAAAAAAAUUCAGUGAAAAAACGGUUCAUUUCAACUAAACAGUAAAUUACCGAGCUCACGCCAUUAUCACGCACGCUUGGGUAUCGUUUAAGCAGCAGUCAUCAUUUAAUGAAAUCCCCUUGUGGAAUUUUGUGGAAGUGUGUCCUAAAACUUCUUACGCAUGUGUGUACCGACCUUAAAACCUCAAAAGAAAGCAAUGUUCUAAUCCAAGCGGCUAGGCGUUUGAGAAAGCAGUUGCAGUCGGCUGCCAUGCCACGGUUGGUUCCAUUAUUAUUAUGAUUAUUAUUAUCAUCAUCAUCAUCAUCAUCAUCAUCAUCAUCAUCAUCAUCAUCAUCAUCAUCAUCAUCAUCAUUAUCAUUAUUAUUAUUAAUUUUUUAUUUCGCCUUUUCCCCCACUGUGGAGACUCAGGUCUCAGGCUAACGAAAAGUCACUAUCACAACUUUGAGGUUACUUCUCCCAUUUCGGGCACAUGCAGAACUGUAUCCUAUCUAAGAUAACACCACAGAUUAAUAUUGCUGACUUAUUGCUGGAACAUUUGUAUAGAGCCUCAUAAAAUUUCGUUAAAGCAAGGUUUUACCAACAAAAUAAAAAUCUCACCAAUGGUCCUGUUAAAACACCCUUUGUUCUCCCCAUAUUGCAGUUUAGGGAUAUGUGUUCCUUUUUCAGAUGUUGACGAAUGCAGUGCUUCUUCUCCUGUAUGUGACAGCAAUGCCAUCUGCUCCAAUACUCGUGGAUCGUAUAUCUGUACCUGCAAGUCAGGAUACACGGGCGAUGGAAAAACAUGCCAAGGUAGGUUUGAAAAUGUCAGGUUAACACAGAGGGUUAGGGACGUUUUUCUUUAUACCAACCGAAUAAAAAUUUCACCAUUGGUCCUGUUAAAACACCCUUUGGUCUUCCCAUAUUGCAGUUUAGUGAUACGUUUCUUUUUCAGAUGUUGACGAAUGCAGUGCUUCUUCUCCUGUAUGUGACAGCAAUGCCAUCUGCUCCAAUACUCGUGGAUCGUAUAUCUGUACCUGCAAGUCAGGAUACACGGGCGAUGGAAAAACAUGCCAAGGUAGGUUUGAAAAUGUCAGGUUAACACAGAGGGUUAGGGACGUUUUUCUUUAUACCAACCAAAUAAAAAUUUCACCAAUGGUCCUGUUAAAACACCCUUUGGUCUUCCCAUAUUGCAGUUUAGUGAUAUGUGUUCUUUUUCAGAUGUUGACGAAUGCAAUGCGUCUUCUCCUGUAUGUGACAGCAAUGCCAACUGCUCCAAUACUCGUGGAUCGUAUAUCUGUACCUGCAGGGCAGGAUAUACAGGCGAUGGAAAAACAUGCCAAGGUAGGUUUGAAAAUGUCCGGUUAACAUAGAGUGUUAGGGAAGUCUUUUAAUUUUACAUCUUGUGGCAACAAUGAAGAAACUUUCCUAGCAACCUUUCAUUUCAUCCGACAUGGUGGCCGCUAAGAACGGCUAUUAACAACAGCCGUCGAAUUUUUGUUUUCGCAGCCAAGUGAGAUCAUACCUUGGGCUGUGUUUCGUUCCUUCUGUACUUACUACACUCGUUAAUAGAAAGUUAUGAAACAAAAUAGGCCAAAAAUCAACAAAUGAUGAAGAAUAUUUGAUAUGGCCUGUGUAGAACGUCAU